CCUCUCCCUCUCCUCACCGCCACGCGUAGGGUUUCUUUUUUUUUUGGUUUUUUGGGGACAACGCAUUUUCUCCGAGAAGUAGUAUUAGAGUUUUAGCAUGGCUCGCUCCUGGGUCGCCAAAGUAUCAAGAGAGUUGCUGCACAAGGAACUGGGCACUUACCGUCAGCCUCGACAUGGAGAAUUUGGCAACCUAAAUUGUUUAAGUUCGAUGCUUCUAAGAAGGUUUGGCUCUGAAGUGUCAGCUUCCGAGCAGAUGAAUCUUAUUAGACAGCUGAGGGAAAAGACGAGCGCGCCCAUAAAAGAUGUCAAGGCAGCCCUUGUUAGUUGUAAUUGGGAUAUUGAGGCUGCACACAAGGACCUGAGAAAGAGAGGCGUGGUGCUUGCAUCGAAGAAGUCCUCACGGACUGCUGCUGAGGGUUUACUUGCAGUGGCACAAAAUGACAAUAGGGCUGUUGCAGUUGAACUUAACUGCGAGACUGAUUUUGUUGCAAGGAAUGACAUAUUUCAAUACCUGGCUUCGUCUUUGGCAAGGGUAGCCUUAUCAGUUGAAAGCCCUGUGCAGCAAAUUCAAGCAGCUUUUCCUUUUGGCCCUGAGUACUUGGAGAACAUGAAGAUUAAUGCAGAUCAUCCAAAACUUUGUGGAGAAAUAACAGUCCAAAAUGCAGUUACAGAAGUUGCUGCCAUGGUCGGGGAGAAUGUAAAGCUCAGAAGAGGUUUUGCAAUGUCCAGAUCUUCACAUGGUGUUAUUUCCUCUUACCUUCAUACGAGUCCCCAACUAGGAUUGGGCCGAAUUGCUGGAUUGGUUACUUUAGAGGUAGAAGAUGAAAAUGCUCCAUUGGAUGCUCUUCAGCGUGUUGGUUCAUCACUGGCAAUGCACAUAGUGGCAUCGAAACCCUUGUUCUUAUCGAAGGAAUUUGUUUCUUCCGAAGCAAUAGAAAGUGAGCGUGACGUAUUUAAAUCUCAGGCAGAAAGUUCAGGGAAGUCUCAGAUGGCCAUUGAAAAGAUGGUGGAAGGUCGUAUGAGGAAGUACUUUGAAGAAGUAGUGUUAUUGGAGCAAAAGUUUGUUAUGAAUGAUAGUGUUCAUGUCAAGUCACUGCUGAAUGAUUUAUCAAAAGAAGUGGGCUCAUCUGUAAAGAUUGGCAAUUUCCUCAGAAUUGAAGUUGGAGAAGGAAUUCAGAGCUGAAAAUAUUCUACGGCUUUAUCUUUGAAUUUAUUACACCCCCCUUCCUCACUGUAAUCGAAGCAUUCACUUACGGAACAAGUACAUUGUCGGAAGUAUAACAUGCUGACAGAUAUGACAGGAUUAAACCACAAAAUGGAAAUGAGAUGCGAAUAUUUUGUAAAGGCUUUAUCCCUUUUAUAGCAACUUCAAAUACUUUGUCACCAGAUUUCUCAAGUGCUUUAUAAUCUUUUUUUGGGACUUCUCUAAAUUCGAUCCAAGGUUGACGGCUCCUUCUAAGGUUCUAGCCUUCUAGGUAUUAAUAGAAAUUGUUACUUCUAAUGUGAACUUACCCCAACAUGGUGAUCUUUCCACCCUCUUGCACCCCCAUUAUUGCUCUGUACUUCAAUUUACAGAAGAUUAUUAUUUAUAUGAUUUCUGAUUAGGCCUUAUAGCA